ACUUAAGAACAAACCUACAGUCCCUAUCUUGUACGUAACCCGGGGACUGCCUGUACUCAGUUCUCAGUAAGGAUCACCAGUCUUCCUUAGAGAGUUGUAGAAAUCUUUGGGGACAAGCUUGAUUUUUCUUACAGCCUGCUCUGAGCUGCCAUCCCAACGUGUCUCCAGUGCAUCUCUGCAUUCUCUUGGAUUAUCUAUGUCAGAGGAGUCAUUUUAAUAAGUGAUUGGAUUCAAGAUUUAGAUCCCAUGAGGUGUAAUGGUGCCAUAUCCUCAGUGUGGUAUGGCAUGCAGUACCGCCAUUCAUUUAUCCCAAGGAGCCAAAGAACAAAUUUACAUAUAAGGAGAGCUUAUUGUUCACCAGCACCUAAGAAGCCUGACACUGAGACUGCAACGGAAAUGGCCAUGAUGCUUUUUCAUCGGAUGACAGAAUUAGGGAAAUUUUGGGGAAGAAACUCCCUCAGAAGAAUUUCUACAACAAUGAAAAGUUGGUGGGAUAGAUAUGAAGAGUUUGUUGGUCUUAUUGAAGUUCGAGAGGCUCAAGGAAAAGUGACAGAGGCUGAGAAAGUGUUCAUGGUAGCCCGAGGGAUUGUACGAGAGGCUCGUGAGAGCGUAGAAGCCCAGCAGAUCAAACUGAAGGAAGUUCGGGAUCGUUUGGAUCGAGUAUCCCGGGAAGACACCCAGUACUUAGAACUGGCUACUCUGGAACACAGAUUGCUGCAGGAAGAGAAGAGGUACCGAACUGCCUAUUUAAGUGCAGAGGAAUCUGAGCGGGAAACAUUUUCUCUCUUCUCUGCAGCUGUGAGGGAAAGCCAUGAAAAAGAGAGAACAAGAGCAGAAAAAACAAAGAACUGGUCCAUUAUUGGUUCUGUACUGGGAGCCAUUAUCGGUGUCCUUGGUUCCACUUAUAUCAACCGAGUGAGGCUGCAAGAAUUAAAAGCCUUAGUUCUUGAAGCACAAAAGGGACCAAUAAGCUUACAGGAGGCCAUCAAAGAACAGGCGUCUAGCCACUACCUACAACAGAAGGAUCUCAGUGAGCUCAUAGUGACCCUGAGGAACAUCUUGAAAGCUGGGACUGGGACAGCACAGGAAAUGAAAGAGAGAGUUUCCUUGGCUACAGAAGGCACAAGUGCAUCUUUGAAAACAGACCCUCUUUUAGUAUCUUUAAAAGAACAUCUAAAGUAUUCUAAACAAGUCGGUUCUUGCUUGGAGAAUUUACAACAGCAGCUUAGCACCCUGGAAGAGAGUUUAGGACAAAUGACUCAUGAGGUCCAAAAUACUAAACAUGCAGUUCAUUUUAGACCUGUGGAAAGAGCAACGCUUGGCUCUUCAGCUGAGGCAAAGAAUCAGGACUUGGUUGUGCAGGAUGUGAUUCUAGAAUUGUGUGAUGUGGAGCGGAGACUGGAAACACAAAUCAAGAGAAAUUCAGUCUUCAGCACUGCAUUAACUUGCACAGUGUUUGCUGUAACUCUUCCUGUGUUAUACAUUUUAUUGAAAGGAAACUAGUCUCCAGUGGAGAGAAACAUAAUUUACGGAGUUAAUAAAAUUACAUUUGACCUCUAAACAUUGGGAAUCAGUUUUUAUCAAAAAGCUGUAUUAAGUUUCUAAUCUUGCUUUUUCCAGAACUUAUAGAAAUUGCCAAAACAUUUAACGGUCUUACUAGAGAUGUAAGUAAC